AUGUUCAAUAUUGAAAAAGCAUUGAAAGAUGUGUUAAAUGGAUUUAAAGAUUUAGAACAAAGUAAAAAGAAGUCCGAUGAUGAAAAUAAAUUGUUACUCUCCUUUUUAUUGAAUGAAAUAGAUAUUAACUUAACUGAAUUAAAUGAUCGAAAGCAUCAAAUUAUAAAGUUAAGCUCUCAAGGAAAUAAAUUGCGAGAAGAGGCGGUCAAAACCAAUAAUAUUUUAGAAGAGAAGGUUAAAGAACGAGAAAAAGAGGCUAAAUCCUUGCAAGAAAACAUUAGUAACUUGGAAGAAAAAGUCAGAAAUCUAGAAGUAGAAGUCAAUACCAAGCAAGAAACCAUUAAAGUUUUGGAAGAAAGGGUUAAACUGCAAGAAAUAAUUAAUAAUAAUUCAGCUGAAAUUAGAGAAUUAAAAGAAAAUGCUAAAUCCAGGCAAGAAACUAAUAAUAUUUUAGAAGAAAGGGUUAAUCUGCUAGAAAUAGAAGCUAUAACCAAGCAAGAAAUAAUUAAUAAUUUAGAAGAAAAGGUUAGAAAACAAGGAGUCGUCAAAAUCAAGCAAGAAACUAUUAAUGAUUUGAAAGAAAAAAUUAGAGAACAAGGAGAUAAAAUU